UCUGACUCCUUGCUCUGCAGAGUAAUAUCGAUAGCUUCCGCACACUUCUGAAAUGUCGUCCAAAUCUCAGCCAAAGCCAAAAGCGUCGUCACUCAAGACUGCCUACCUUCUCGCGUAUAACGCGCUAUCGACGGUCCUUUGGUUCCUUGUGCUGAGACGAGUUGUUUCAAUCGCAUCAACCAAUGGCCUGAGAAAUGGACAAGUCUACCAUCACACAGAGAGCUUCUGCCGGCUCACACAGACGGCAGCGGUCCUGGAAGUUGUUCAUUCGCUGUUCGGAAUCGUACGCGCCCCACUCCUGACAACCCUGAUGCAGGUUGCAAGCCGCCUCCUGCUUGUCUGGGGCAUUGGCUACAAUUUCCCCCAGACGACUAAGUUUUCGCCGGCGUAUAGCAGCAUGCUGGUCGCUUGGAGCGUGACCGAGGUCGUGCGGUAUUCAUAUUUCGUCUUUGUCCUGGGUGGCACAGGCGUACCUUGGUUAUGGACGUGGUUGAGGUACAACACUUUCUUGGUCCUCUACCCCCUCGGUGUUGCUAGCGAGACGUGGUUGGUCUAUAACGCCAUUGGGCCGGCUUCAAGAAUUAAUGAGACAUAUGGGUAUGUAUUGUAUGGUAUUCUGGCAACAUAUGUGCCAGGAUUCUACAUGCUCUUCACGCACAUGCUGAAGCAGCGGGGGAAGGUCAUGCGCAGCAAGACUACCUAGACGCAUCAUACCACUGUUUCUGUGGAGAAAAUGCCCUCAUCAUAACCCGGCAAGCUACCCGUAAGACGUAUAGAUAUCAGCUUUAUCUUCUUCACAGAGUGUAUCCCCUGGGCCCUAAGCCAUGCACUCCACCCUCG